AUGGCCAGCAGAGCGCCGACCGCGCCCGAGCAGGCAGCCGCCGCGACAUCAGGCACCUCAUCGCCCAGCAUCUUGCCCGCUAGCGAGGACGUGUCCCCUGCAGAGGAAGGCAACGAAAGGGAGGAGGAGGAGACGGAUAUUCCGCUGACCAUGGCCGCGUCGGUGGUGCUGGCGGACCUCCCGCAGUCGGCGGUCUCGGCGCUGGAGCAGACAGCGGCGGCGACAGGCCCGCAGGCGGAGCGCAAGGUGGUGGUGAGGUUCAAGGCGGUCGGGUCGGCGCCGCAGCUGGCGCAGGACGUGUGCAAGAUAUCGGCGGCGCGGCGCUUCGAGGAGGUGGUGCGGUACCUGCGGCGGAAGCUGCGGUGCAAGGACACGGACAGCGUCUUCCUGUACGUGAAUAGCGCGUUUGCGCCGAGUCUGGACGAGGUGGUGGGCAACUUGCAUCAGUGCUUUAAGAGCGGUCAGGAUCAACUGGUUGUUGCUUAUUCAAUGACGCCAGCCUUUGGCUGA